AUGUUCAGAGCUGCUGAGCAGGCGGUUCGCAGUUAUGGUGUUGCAGGUUGUAGCCCAAGAAAUGAAUAUGGUGAGAGAAUAUUUUGCAUUGAAAAUAAAUAUGGGAUUAUUCCCCGAUGGUCUAGCAAUCGUGCCGCUAUGUAAAACUUUCUUUGCCCCCGUUCCGAUAUUUUUGUUCGACUUUCUAAAAGAUAUAUGACGACGAGGUAAGAUCCUUUUCUUAUCUCAUUUACGUCACAAUGUUAGCCUGUGGUCCGACAGGGACACUUUUGGAAAAUUGAUGAAAAUACCCGAAGGUUUCCUCUAGUCAGUCACGAUACCUUUCGUUGGCUAGUCGGUCUACUUGUUCUCAGGAUCAAAACUCGUGGCAUCAGGCCUAAUCUGGGGUAUUAACGUCGCCUUUAGAUCGCAUAAUUUUUUUCGCAAAUGUUUUUAAAGCCGCCUAAAGUCGCCUUAAAUAAUAAAAAAAGUCGCCUAAAAGUUAAGGCGCUUUAAGGUCCCGGAGUAGGCCUUGGUACCUGUUUAAAAUGUUCACCUGCGAGUCACGUUUUGCGUGCUUGUUAUAUAAUAGCGUCAUUAUAAAUAGGUAACUUGGUCAUUAUAACAUGAGCAACGUGUCCCCGACAAAGGACUUGUACAGUUCCCAUUACAAUUUCCCCUAGCUGCCUUCUCUUUUUCCUUUUUUUGUAAUCUGUGUGAUAUUUAAAUUCUUAUUAUCAGGCACUCUCGCCAUUCACAACGAGCUGGAAGGCCUGGUUGCACGGUUUGUCGGUAGACCCGCAGCUAUGGUGUUUGGAAUGGGAUUCGCCACCAACUCCGCAAAUAUACCCGCCCUGGUGGGGAAAGGAGAUUUGAUCAUCAGUGACGAGCUCAACCACACCUCCCUCAUUUUAGGAGCGAGACUUUCAGCAGCUAAAAUUAAAGUCUUCAAACAUAAUGGUAAAAUGAAUUUAAUAACUAUGUCUGGUGUAAAGCGUUCGAUAAGAGUAAGUAAAGCGCCUUAAAUGGGUUGAUAAAGAGCUUUAGCAAAGGCGACGGCAUCGAGAACUGCGAAAAAGCAAAAGGUUUAGAUUAACAAAACAACAUUUCUUCACGUGCAUCACGCUUUUUUGUACAUUUCUUUGCCGCUGUUGUACGACCACGACGUGGAAUUUCCUAAUUUCACGUUUUAUGAAGGACGUGAACACAAGAAAACGAUUUAGUUUUUUCUGAAGUUAGGUCUUCUCCACAGUAAUGCGUUUUCGAAAGUUUGCGUUUUCGUUCGUCAUCGAAAACGCAUCGAUCGACUCGCGUUCAGACUACGCGCCUGCCAUCUUUUCGGUCAUCGUUUUCAUUUUGGUACGUUUUCGACCGUCCACACUAAUACGAUAUAUAUAUGAAUUAUGACUUGAUUUACUUUCAAGAUCAUCGAUCGAUGCGUUUUCACUAAAAACGCUCAGCGUUUUAGUAUGGACGGAAGGCUUAAACGCAUCGAAAUGUAUGCGUUUUCAAACGAAAACGAGUUAGUGUGGUCGGGGCCUUAGAUACAGUCUUUUAACAUUUAACUCCUGACAAAUUUACCAGCAUUUGACAAAUUGAACAAAACAGAAUAAGGGAAAAGUAGCAUGAAGGAGCGCGAAUUAACUUUUUGUAUGGGAUUUUCGCUUCCGUCGCCGUUGUAAAGCUCCCUAAUGACUUACGCAGCACCUCUUGAACGCUAAAGUAACUGGUCUGAUGUCUGCGCGCUGUUUCGACUGUUUUUAUCACAUACUUGGCCAAAUACCCAUGUUAUCUUAUCUUUAACACCAGUAAACUGUACUCCUGCGCUUUACAACACAAUUAAAAGCGCGGAGAGGGGAGGAGCGCUAUGUCCGCUGUAGGCCUGUUUCCGCCUUUUGCAUUGUCUUCCACGCGGCCGAUUUUGUCUCGUCGCGCAAAGAUCAUCCCCAAGGGGAGGGGGAGGGGCGUUGGGUCACCAGACAAAAACGGCUGCAAGAGAGGCCUCCCUUUGCACAGGUUGAGCACAAUUACCCAGACUCAAUAGCUUAAGUCUGCUUUGCGUCCUGAUAGGUUCAAAGGGGAAGAUGCAACUUAAGUGAGUAGAAAUGGAUGGCUUAAUUAAACAACCAUACUUCCCGCGUUCAUUGUUCAGGCAAUGUCGUUUAUUAUAUUUUCUUUGUCUUCAACACACGUCGCAGAUAUGAAGUGCUUAGAGAAGACCCUAAGGGAAGCUGUUGUCCAAGGACAACCAAGGACGCACAGAGCGUGGAAAAAGAUUUUAAUAAUUGUUGAAGGAAUUUAUAGGUAAGUCUAACGGAAAAUUCUUCGUCUGUCUCAAACCUGGGAUGUCUCUUUUCAGCAUCUGAAGUUAGAGAUAUGUCCAGGAUUAAACUCUGUUACAAAAUUUUGCUAGAAUGCUACGAAAAUUGUGAAAAUAACAUCGUAAUUACGUCGAAAAGUGGGGAGGAAAUGCAAAUGAGACCAAGGAAGGCCCUUGACAAAACAGGUGUAAAAAUUAAGCGCAGACAGGUGAGGCGCCCAUCACAUACGGCAUACAAAAAAAGUCUUGCAGAGCUAAGAUAUUCUGAAUCAUGAGAAAGAAUUCAUAUUUUUGAGAUGAUAAAAGAAUCGCACUAUGUAAGAAAAUCCGAGACAGUCUUGGAUUAUGGAUUCCAGGUAAUAGAUUCAGGACUCCAGGGAGUGGAUUCCUGAUUUUUUGUCAGUGGAACGAGGUUUGGAUUCCAAUAGUUAUCGGACUCCGGAUUCUUUGAGCUGAAUUCCAGAUUACAAAACCCUGGAUUCUGGAUCAACAAGCAAAAAUUUCCCGAAUUCCGGAUUCUUUUAGCAACAAUUUGCCCGAUUCUGGAAUCCACAUUUCCCUACAUGGGGCGGAGAGAAAAUCCUAUAAAAUCGAUCCUCUUAAAUACGUUAUGUAGGAAACACAGCAAGUUUUGGCUUACGGGGGUGCAAAUUUACACCCAAAAACCAUCGUCAUUUUAUUUUAUUUUUUAAGCAUGGAAGGUUCAUUAGUCAAGCUCCCAGAAGUUGUUGCCCUUAAAAAGAAAUACAAAGCUUAUCUUUACUUGGACGAGGCCCACAGCAUUGGUGCCAUGGGUCCUCGUGGAAGAGGCGUGACUGAUUACUUUGGAGUGGACCCUAAUGAUGUCGACAUCAUGAUGGGUACAUUUACCAAGAGUUUUGGUGCAGCAGGAGGGUACAUUGCGGCGUCUGAGGUAAGAGCCCUGGUGGCCCUGCGUAAUGUUGGCUUCUCUAUGAAACAAAAACAAUCUAGUAAACAGGGGCGGAUCCAGAAAGUUCAGAAAGGGGCGGCGGGGACAUAUGGCAUUUAUAUAGAGACUAUUUAUGUAUAGAUACUAUUUAUUUUACAAUAAUACAACAUUUCACGGAAGAAACUUUGGCCAGGGUCCACUCGGCUGACCUCUCAAUCCGUCCAUGGUAAAUGGUUUGAACCCAGGAGUUGUGUUAUAAGUAGCUGAAAUAUGAUCGUCUUGGCGAGUGUUGUCCUGAAUAUCACUAUUGGAGGGUGUGAAUGGGGUUAACCGACUAGCGACAAAGGGCGAAAAAUAUUACUGAGUACCUACAAAACGAGUAAAAAAAUACCGACUACCGACAGGAAAAAUAUUAACCGUCUACCGACAUGGGCUGACAUAAUCAAUAUUUGUUUCAGAAUAAAGAGCAUUUUUCAUUUUUUUCUAGCCGUUAGGAAGUAACCUCUUUAAAUUUAUGACUCAUCAGAUGGUGCAACAGAAACAAGUUCCUCUUUUGUUGAUACGGGUACAUUACUACAACUAAUAUCAUAAUCACAGACGACUUUAUAAAUUUUAUUGAAACAACAAAGGUGAAAAAACUGAACGUUUGAAAUGCUUAGAUUAAUCCUCAAAGAAAAUUCUUUCCAGUUUGAUGGAAAGCACUAUCAGUAAAAAACCACGGUACCGCGAUGAGCACAUACAGUAGUUUCCUUUCCAACAUUUUCAUGGCCGCAUAUAUUGAAACAGAAAGUUUAAGCAAAACCGUCUUUAAACCAACUUUUUGAAAAUGCUACAUCGAUGAUGUUUUUUCCUAUGGGACAUAAGUAAACCAGACAUGGUAGAUUUCUUCAAAUUAAAGAAAGAAGUAAACUUCCUUCACCCUACUGCUCUAAUGGCGAUAAAAUUUACGGCCGAAAUAUCUGACACUGAGACAACCUUUUUAGACCCGGUUGUAUACAAAGGCACAAUUACAUUCAACGAAAAAUGAGAAAAAGCUAUCAUUGACGUAAAGACGCAUUUUAAACAGAAACCUUCCAGUAUUUACAUUUCACCUCUUACGACCCACCAAUUGUUAAAAUGGAUUUGACAAACAAGAAGCCUUGAGAAUCUUACGAACUCCUCUGAGGAAGUAUUUCAGAUUUCAAAAAGGGGUUGAUGCAUGGACGAGGUUGGCCAAAAAAUUUUGAAAGAAAAAUUGCUAUUAGAAGUAAAACUCACAGAAGGAAAGCAGCGCUCCUGAAACAAAACAACAAGGAAGAAAAAGAAAUAUUGCCUUUCGUAACACAAUAAAAGAAGCUUUAAUGAAAAAGUGUAAUCUCAUACAAAACCAACCACUACCUUGCCAACUUAAACCUCGGACGUAGACGCAAAAUCAUACCCCCGCCCCCCCCACCACCAUGGUACAAGAGGAUGGUAGAUGGAACCCCUCCCCAGAUAUGUUAUUUUGAUAUGUUGCGGUACCACACGAUUUUGCCUUCACUGAAAAGCCUCUGGUCUUCUUAACAAGAUGAGGUAUAUUUUAUGAAUGGUGGCGCUGCUGGAGGCCUGUUACGUCACCAACAAUGGUCGCCAUCUUUCCCGCCAUCUUGGAUAUUACAAAGAAUUAGAAAUCAGGUUAAAACAACGAGAAAUGGUAAUUGCUUGACAUGAAUAAUAACACGUAGAUAAGCAGUUUGCAUGGUUUUAGCUACAACAUUUUUCUUUUAUUGUUGAAAAAGUUGAAAAAAAAACAUACAUUUUAACUCAAAUUGGCUUGACCACCUGCUACUUAUUAUGUCAUACCUCGUAACCAUAGAAACUGAUCAUCACUGAACUUGUCUCAAAAUGCGUGCGAGGGGUAAACGAACAUCUACUGAAAACGUCAUGUGCUGAUGUUUUAUCCGCUUGGAAAAAUCCCAGAAAAACCUAAAGGGAGAGGGGGGUGGCAUCCACCCGUGUUAUUUCUUGAAAAUUAUGGCAAAGGACAUGCUUGUUAGAGCCAAAACAUUAAAGGUAUAGAUGUGCAUUCUGUCACCCCCUGCAGUUUUUCACUAAGAAUAAUUUAAGUAUCCAAAAGGCUGGAGUCCAUUAAUUAAUUAAUUACUUUUUAAUGUGCCCAGUAAUCGACAGGGAACCAAGUUCGCAUUUCCAAUAAAAAGUUUGGUGAUUUUAUCAGUACUCAUGAUAUCAUUUGGCAAACAAUGGUGAAAUAAAUGAUCAUGUUCCAUAAACAAACAAGAGUUAAUGAAGUUUAAGUGCAAUCAAAUGAUGCAUUCUUACAAGUUUUACUCUUUCCUUACGGAUCAAAGUCUUGAAACUGGGUGAAAUACAUAAAAAUCUUAAUAAUUAACAAGCGUUUUUACUUAUUAACAGAGAUUUUCCGACAACCGACAAAGAUCAAAAAGUUUAACCGACUACCGACAAAGAUCGAAAAUUUUAACCGACUACCGACAAAGUACCUGAAUUUUAACCGACAACCGACAAGUGGACCCCCCCAUUCAGACCCUCCUAUUGGUAAACGGCGUGGCUGACGUUUUGAAAGCCCGUGUGAAAGUCAUUAUUAGAACCUAAGUGAGUUGUGACUCGUCAGUGGAUAGUUCUAUUAAAAUCUGGAUAUUGACCUGGGCCCGCUUCCUCGAAAGAUGGUUAAAUCUAACCCAGGAUUAAGCCAAAUAUCAAGUACGAACAGGCAAUUCGAGGUUACAAAAUACUGUUGAGUCUUUACUACAAGGUACAGUAAUGAUAACACAAAAUGUUACCCUAAGCAGUGCAUUGGACUGUAAAAUACAAAAACGGAAAAAACUAUAAUCCUGGAUUAACGCUAAUCGGCCUUUCAGGAACCGGGUCCCGAUUGCUCAAGAUGAGGUCGCUUUAGGUGUCAGGGGCACCCAACGACAAUUUUUGGAAAAAAUCUGUUCGGAACUGACGAUUUUAAGUCUAGAAUUUUCGGAACAUUUGUUGUUAAAUUUCUUGCUUGCCUGCCUCUCCUAGAAUUUUCGAACCCCCCAAAAAUGGUAUAAUUGCCCAUUUUUAACGGAUUUUUACACUAAAAAGGACACCUAGAAUUUUCGGGAGCCUUUUUUCUGGCUGAAAUUUUCGAAAAGGUAAUUUUUGAUCCCUAUACUUUUUAGAUCACUAGACUUUCAGCUAGGAAAUUUGAACAGAUGAAAAAUUUUUAGGGGAUAAAAACAUGUCUAUAUGUACCGUUUAUAUGCUAAAAUACGUUCAAUAGGCUAUGUUAAAGUGGUUUUGAACUAUAUUCUCGUUGGGUGCCCCUGAGGUGUGGUCGUAUGUAACGGUUUUGCCACGACGUUACUGGCUGAAAGGUGUGCGUUUUGAUCCGUCUUUUGGACUCUUUCCUCUUCAGUUGUAAUCUCGGUCGCGGGCAGUGUAUAUAGUUGGUUGAUAUAGUUGCAUUUAGUUUGUAAUUAUUGCUGUUUACUAUUUUCUGAUGCCCCAAUGUUUACGUUUUUGAAUAUUUCUAUUUUAUCGCAACAACCAAGCGUCCCCCUCAAGUCUGUUUUUGUUUUUAAAUUGUUCAACUCCUUUCCUUCCACCAGCAUAUGAUAAAAUAACUGUUUGUACUAGGACGUAAUAAACCAUAUCCGUGGAAAAUCCCAUAGUGCUACAUAUGCAUCCUUCAUGUCCCCACCAGUGGCGAUGCAAAUUAUAAAGUCAAUGAAAAUUAUCAUGGGAGAGGACGGUACGAAUAGAGGUAUGUACAUCCUUCCAUGCAGUCCAGAUACUGUUUAUAGAAUGACGUUCAUUCCAGUUAAAUUCUGGAUUUGAAUACAGAGCACUUAGCCUGCGAGCAAGCUCUCCAUUUAGGGGAGUCUGCCCCUUGCGCGUCUUGCCUUUGCUCACUCGCGCGUUCUCUUGCGACUUGCUUCGCUUGCCAUAAAUGGAGAGCUUGUUACUGCAGUCGUUUAAUUGUCAGACGUCAUUUCGCGGGGAAACCACUUUAGUAGCGUCACAAAAUGUAGGCUGUUUUCUCAGGCCAUCCCUGCUGCUUCUUGAAUGUUGAUUGAGAGGAGUGUCCAUUUUUGUUCUGUUUACGUACGUUCAAAGGAUAAUUGUUGCUAUGAACUUUUUUGUUUUUCAAUCAUAGGUAGACAAAGGAUUAUGGCCCUGGCAGAGAAUAGCAGGUAAGCAAAUGACAUGAAAAUUUGGAUACACUUUCAUGGUAAACAUUGAGAACUACCGUAAAAUUCCGAAAAUAAGCCCCUCCAUGUAUAAGCCCCUCCAAAUAUAAGCCCCCAAACCGGUAACGCAAAAAACCCUCCGUUAAAUCGCCCCUCUAAAUAUAAGCGCCCCGGGGGCUUGUACUUGGAAAAUUGACCUCAAAUACAAAGUAAAACAAAGCAAAAACGGUAAUUUUACUUCCGACUAUAAGGCUAGCCCAAUCGAUUUUGAAACGCCAAUUUCCCUCCGUAGAUAAGCCCCUCCGAAUAUAAGCCCCUCCAAAAAUAAGCCCCUCAAAAAGGGCCUUUGAAAAAUAUAAGCCCCGGGGCUUAUUUUCGGAAUUUUACGGUAACUCUACCAAAAUCCUUAAAUUUUGGAAACUAGAUUAGCUUAACUUGUUCAAGAUAUUUAGCCAUUAAAGGUGACUAACUAAGGGACUCUUCUUUCAUCUCUGCGAGCAAAAUUUCUCUCCUUAAAUUAAAACAAUUUCGAAGUUAGACUAAGCUAGAGUUUGUUUUAUUUAUUUAUUUUGCACGACCACUUCUUACGUAAGAUUAACGCAUUACAUUCAAUUUGAGAUAUAAAAUUCAUAGUACCAUAAUUGCAAUACAAGAUAUAGUCUUAAUCUUGAAUAACAAUACAGUUUGAGUUGAACAGAAACACUUUCAUGAAAUAGGUGGAUCAAAACAGUGAGUGGUGAGAAGACCUCAGAAGGCCAAAGACUUCCGGCACAAGAAGGUCCCACCAUGAUUUGGUCAUUGAUUGAAAUAUUUUAAGACUACAGGGGGCAAAAAAUACAAUAGAAGGGGUGUAGGAUGGUAAAUACGAGAUUCUGCGAGACUGAGAGACCCUGGUUUCAAAAUUCGAGACCCAGACUUCUGCUUUUUUAACAAUUCCGAGCCCGAGACUCUAAGCGCCCAAACAUCCGAGAUAAUAGUAGAAAAUUAGCUAUCGGAGGACUGCUUUGUCUUAUUUUACUGCAGGUCUUAAUGUACCAUCUCAGUUCGAUAAGCUGUAUAGUACUCGUGAACUCUGAAAAAUUCAACUUCUGAAGGCCAAUUAGCAAACGGAAAGAAAAUUGACAAAACUGAGACCUGUCGGCAAGAAAAAAAGUCGAGGCUCGGAGACGCAAAAAUCAUCAGAAAACGAGACUUCCAGACCUAGGAAAAAGCUUCCGAGAUUUCGAGAUCGGGCCAAAAUUCUGUGAGACCCAUGUUUUUCGAGAUACCAUUCUAUAACCCUAAUAAUAGACUUUAGGCAGUUUCAAGGGUAUGAGAAAGAAAGAAAGUUCCGAAGACGCUUUUUGAGGUUAGCAAAAGUGGUGGCCGGAUCUUAUAGUGGUGGAGAUAAAUAUAUGACUUUUUGAUUGAGUACAAAGAUCAAUGAAAGAGUUAGUUAAACUAUGAACCUCGUUCUUACACGCCCCUGUUUAACAGGUACUUUAGACAGAGAUUGAAAGACAUGGGAUUUAUCGUGUAUGGCCAUGAAGCCUCAGCAGUGGUACCCAUUCUUCUUUACUUGCCGGCAAAAUGCGUGUAAGUCAAGUUAAAUUUAUAGAGGAUUAAUUCUUUGUCUUAUUACAAUAUUGCUUGAUGUCUUUCUGCACUUUUGCAUGCGUAUAUGUGUAGGUGUUUUUGCAUCUGUCCCAAGUGUUGUCACUCACAAUCCAUCUAUACUCUCUUUUAGCGCCUUCUCUCGGGAAUUGUUGAAAAGAAACAUAGCUGUAGUAAUCGUUGGGUUUCCUGCCACCUCCAUAAUUGAAGGCCGGGCGAGAAUCUGUCUCUCAGCAUCACACUCGAGAGAAAUGUUAGACAGGGUAAGCUAAGGUCUCUUCGCAGGGGCGUGGCUAACUGUAAGGAAAGUACGCACGUGCAUACCAAAAAAAUAUAUAAUUAUAUAGAUUAAAAAACCGACUUAUGUGGAAAAAAGCAAAUAGAUUAAAAAGCACAACAUUCCUUGAUUCAUUUAAUUCUGCUUGUUUUUAUGAAAUAUUUUUUCCUAAAACAACAGACUUUUCUUUUUUUACACCCAAAUUUCGGUUUCCAGAGAAGAAACACCUUGAUCUUUUUUGUGGAUCGAUAUAUUUAGAAAAAAGGCGAGAAAAGUGCGUACAUAUAUAAAGCAUCAACACGCUGUUUUAAGGGGAGAGGGCGUUAGAGGUAUUUGGAAAAUUGUGCGUACCUCUGGAAAAUCCUAGCUUCGCCCCUGCUUUGUUUUAAAUCAUUUGUAAUUGCAGUUGUCUGCAUGACUUAGCCUAAGAGUGUGUACUAUAGAUGCGAUUUCCUUUUGGUUUGUUGAGUUUUCUAAAGAUUAACCGGUUGUGUUUUAGGCGCUGGAAGCCAUCGAUGAAGUGGGUGACAUACUCAAGGUGAAGUAUUCACGGAGGACACCCACAACACAUCAAUGA